AUGAAAGUAUCUUUAUGUCAUAAUCUGGAUUAUCAUAUGGUGAAAUCUCUAGAAAGCCCGUCAGAUAUGAUGACGUCAUCAGCAGUAGCAGCGGCGGCACAAACGUCAUCGUCACUAUCAUCAUUAUUAUUACUACCGCCGUCCUUUCCGGUUUCACGGCGUUGCGACUUCUAUUACGAGAAAUUUGAAAUGAUCGCCAGAGAGGGUCUGCUGUAUUAUAAAGAUUGCGAGAUCCUGGGCGACGGUGAUAUUAAAAGGCUGGGCAGAUUGUCGAGUUCUGGUUGCAUUGAGGAAUACCUGGAUUGGGGUGUGCCUGGUGUUACUAAGAUACAAAGGAAAUGUUUUAGUGUAUUUCAAGAUGGCUUCCAGAAAAGAGCCACCAGUUUGAGAUAUCCGUCAAAGAAAGUUCCAAAGUUGAAAAACGCUGUCUUUCGUCAAAAACCAAAUUGUCCACUGCCACAACAAAAACUGCAGCCACAAACAGAUGAAAAUUUAAAUAAGUUGAAAGAUCAACAAGAAUGUCAAACAUCCCGUGAACCAGUUGUUGAAGUAAAAGACUGCACCCGCAGUUGCGACCAUGAUCAUGCUAUCGACAUUAACAACAAUACGAACAGCAUAGAUGUCGUCUGUACUGACGCUGUUGAAGUCGAGAGCAGUAAAACUGACAUUGUGGCAGAGGCUAAAGCUACAGUUCCUGACACACACAACCGCACGUGUUGCAAAGAAAUCGCCCUAUGUAAAAACAUUCAAAACAGUUCUCGAAGGCUACUGGAGAGAUUGUCAUAUAUGUCGAACAGCCGACGACAACAACGACUGCAGAAACAACUUUUAAAACCACAGCUGCAACACACGCAGCACGUUCAUCAUCAGCAACUAAACUCAUCGCAGACAAAGUCAUUACCUUUGAACUUAACUUCUCAUCCAGAAGAAACAGGACAUCUAGAAGAACAACAUCUCCAACAACAUCAGUCACGAACACAUCAACGUCAUUCAUAUCAUUGUACGUCACAACAACAACACAAUUCAAAGCUACUGUCACAUCAACAGUCGCAGUUACACAACACACCAAAACCUCAGCAGUCAGCGCAACAACAUCUACACAUAGGCCAAACACAAAUCAUAAUGAACAACACAACCACAAACAUUUAUCCCACCGGGGACUGCACCAACAACACAAACGCUUCAAUCAACUACGGUAAAAACCUAGGCGACAUUGAUGACAUGAGGAAUAGUGAUGAAAACAACAACAAUUGUAUCAACAAACUUGACAGGAGCUGCAACAGUUAUGACAUUAACGCAAAUAGUAUUAACCAUAACGACAUUAAUGACACCAACAUAAGCAGCAAAAUAAACGAUAAAGACAUUAACGCUGAUGACACGAAUAUGACACUACAAAGGUACAGAACGGUCAGAUACAAGAAGGGUAGAUCGUUUAAAAGUGGAUUAAAUAGGAAGGAAUCCAUGCUGCAGAAAAUUACGGGCAAACAUGGUUGGACGUUGUUUCUCAGUUGUCGAGAUAUUUUCUUCACAGGGCUAUAUUUUAUAAAAUAA